CGACGGUGUUUAUAAAAUAGAGCUUGUGGACGCCUAAACGGUGACUUUAGUCCACAUUGUUUUCGCUUUACUCCUUAGGAUUAUCGUUCUUAGAUAACAGACAUGAUUUUAUGGAAAAUGUGUACACAGAUUGUUUGUGUGCUGGUUUUUAUUUGGCUGCGUACUACUCAUUGUACAACUACGAAAUACUACAGUUACGAAGAGGACGCUCCCGGCACCGAAAUUGGAAACCUAUCAAAGGAUUUGAAGAUCGAACUGGGACAGAACUCGCAGACAAGUUUCCGCUUCAUGCAGAAGACAAAUUUUUCCCAUGUCCACCUGAGACAGAUCGACGGACUUCUUACGGUCGGGGAAAAUAUUGACCGGGAAGAGCUUUGCCCCAAGUCGCUGGAGUGCUUGGUCGCCUUUGAUAUUGUCACCUUUUCCAAGGAGAGGUUCCAGUUGAUUCACGUAGAGAUCGAAGUGAUGGAUAUAAACGACAAUUCGCCACGUUUUCCGUCGAACGAAUCUUAUCUGGAGAUUUCAGAAAAUGUGGCCGUGGGUACGAGGUUCCCGCUGGACGUCGCGGUCGACCAGGACGUCGGCAUUAACUACAUUCAAAGCUACCAGAUCUCCUUCAGCAGCCACUUCGGCGUUGAAGUGCGAGAAGAGGAGGACGGACUAAAGUAUGCCGAACUCAUUUUGUUGAAAGAACUGGACAGGGAAGCGGACGAUUUCUAUACAAUUGAACUGACAGCUGUGGAUGGUGGGAAACCACCCAGGACAGGAUCAAUGACUGUUAUUGUAAAAGUGCUGGACUUCAAUGACAACAGUCCGACCUUCGAGCACAGUUCUCUCAAAGUGGAGCUUAAUGAGGACGAGCCCCUGGGCUUCCUUCUGCUUAAGGUGCACGCUUCUGACCCCGAUGCCGGGAUUAAUGGCCAAGUAGUGUACGGUUUUGCCGAAGAGACGUCAGAUGAGAUACGCCGUGUAUUUCAGAUCGACUCCUUUUCAGGUUCCCUGACUUUAAACGCCGCCGUCGAUUACGAAAACAGGAAGUUAUACGAGCUAAAUAUCCAGGCUUAUGAUUUAGGGUUGAACUCGGUGCCUUCAACUUGCAGAGUCACAGUAGAGAUAAUCGAUGUCAAUGACAACGUUCCAGAGAUCAGCAUCAAACCCAUGACUUCUAUGAGCGAAGGAGUGGCCUAUAUCACAGAAGCAGCUGCAGAGGAAAGUUUCGUGGCUCUGAUCAGCGCCUCAGACAGAGAUGCAGGUCCCAACGGCUAUGUGCGCAUCAGCCUGCAUGGGCACGAUCACUUCAAACUCCAGCAGGCCUAUGGUGACACCUUCAUGAUCGUAACCACCACGGCUCUGGACAGGGAGAGACUUCCUGAGUACAACCUGACGGUGGUUGCAGAGGACUUUGGUUCUCCUCCUUUCAAAACACUGAAGCAAUACACCAUCAGAGUGAGCGACGAAAACGACAACCCUCCUUUAUUCAGCAAGCCGGUCUAUGAACUUGCAGUCAUGGAAAAUAACGUUCCUGGCUCAUACAUUGCCACGGUUGUGGCCCGUGAUCCAGAUCUGGGCGACAACAGCAAAGUUACUUACAAACUUCUAGACGGGGAAGUGACCGGGGGGGCACCGCUCUCCGCGUGUGUUACGGUGGACCCGCUUUCGGGCUCCCUCUAUAGUGCACGGUCUUUUGAUUACGAAGCUGUAAAACAGAUUGAAGUCAAAAUCGAGGCAAGUGACAGUGGGUUUCCCCAGCUCUCCAGCACUGCCUUGAUUGAAAUCAAAAUCGUAGAUCAAAACGACAACUCCCCGUAUAUCACCUACCCCGUUCUGCAGAACGAUUCUGCGGACGUCCCCAUACCGGUCAAUGCGCCAUCGGGAUACGUCGCGCUUCGGGUUAAGGCCAGAGAUGCAGACGAAGGGUUCAAUGGCAAGCUCUCCUUCCGACUUAUAGAAGACGAUCAGAUCCUGUUCACGAUGCACAGAGAUACCGGAGAAAUUGCAUUGAAACAUGGCUUGUCGUUUCUUUGCGGGGACGUGUUGCAGAUCAAGAUCGCAGUCAGCGACAACGGGAGGCCCCCCAGGUCCUGCAAAGCCACGAUCCGCUUCGUGGUCGCCGAAAUGCAGCUCGCUGACGAGCGAAGUGUGCUUGUCAUGGAGUCUACCCAAGACGCAUGGUAUAACAUGGAGGCCUCGCAGGUUGUGAUUAUUAUGCUUGGCGGAGGUUGCGUCUUGCUGAUCAUAGCAAUCGCGACAGUCGCCCUUUCGUGCAAACGCAACCCAAGAGACAGGGAGUGUGAUGGCAAGAGAAUUGCCCAAGGACACUUUGAAAAGCAGCUGCUUCCGACACACAGCGAUGAGGAUCCUGACAUUUAUCAAGGUCCUAAAGCGCUAGUCAGUGGCCAAAAUGCUUCUCUACAGCGUGACUCCUUCCACUUUUAUCGGGAGACCGGGAAUGAUCCUUCUAAUAAGGGUUUCCCUGCGAUCAGCACGAAGCGUUUUGAACCAGCGUCUUUGUGGCAGGGGGAUAAAGACAGCCUGCAGAUUAGUGGCACCGAGCAAAUGAGUGUAAAGGACAGCGGCAAAGGUGACAGCGACUUCAAUGACAGCGACUCUGACAUCAGCGGCUUUGGAUGCAAGAGAACUAGCAGCAUGAUGGGAACCCGGGAAACUGGUUCCUUUCACUCUGCCAGCACCCUUAGUUCGGAUCAGCAGAACAGAUACAAUGCUGUGCCGACCCAUUUAACGGUGGCCUGCAGAACCACGUACGCAGUAGCGUUCUCCCAGAUGCCCGUCCGUGCCAGUCCCCACGCCAGCGCUGCUCUCUGCAGAGGCUCGGGCUACGGUCCGGGCAUCUCCCAGCCCAGGGUGCCGCUGCAGACUUUCUCCAGGUCUGCCACAAUGCCGCCAGGCUUCAACCAGCAUGGGCACCAGGCAGAGACCCAGCCUGGUGAACAGCAGCGGCAGAACCGGGCCCCACCCUCUCCAGUGCGGUCAGAAGUGGCCACUUCACUGUGACAGUGGGGAGCUCGCUU